CCACCACCCUGACCCCACCAUACUCUCGCCUCCCGCUGUGCUCUUCGCGUUAAAGAGGCGAGUAAAAAGAGUAACCCAGGAUUUCGGUGCUGGUCGCAGAGUAAAGAGGAGAAAGGAAAAGAGGAGGAGGAGGAGGAGGAGGAGGAGGAGAAAGAAGGUCCCCCUCACCCCAACACACACUGCAGCAACAGGUGGCAUUCCUUGCUCAGGAAGUUUAUCUAGCCUUGGACGCCCCCUUCGGUGCCAGCAGGAGAGGACCAGAGCCAUCCGUCACCUGGGGCUCGUAAACGUCGACGUCUCUCUUAUAAGACUUCCACCAUGAGAUCCUUAUUCGAUAGAUGUAGUGUCCGUGUUGGUAUGAGCUCGGUGCCCGGGGUGAGCCACGCCCACGCCGAGGCCGCCCACUCCGCCCACGCCCCCUCCCGCCCAUUCCCGCCCUAUAAUUGUUUGGUGGACAUGGAGCUGGGAGAAGGACUAACGGGCCGCCUGCUCGACACCCACAACCUACUCUUCGGGGACGGUUUCUCCGACAGCCUGUCCUCCCGUGUGGGCGUUGACGGCAAUAGCGCCUACCGCCCCUGGGAAGCCGACCACCCAGGGGACCAUCGCGCGGGGGACCACAGGCUCCACCCGCUAGCAGCCUCCUCCGCCCCCAUCCAGGUGCUCACCCACACUCCCCCAGUGGCCGCAGCAUCCACGGCCCACAUCCCGCACUAUCCACACGCCAUCCCCACCUUCGGUGACUCCUACCCCCGAGCCAUCCACACCCCCAUGUCGCUCCACAACAUCCUGUGCCACAUAAGCUGCCGCCCUUCGACGCCUUCAGCCCGGAGCGAAGCGUGGGCAGCACCACGCCUUCACCGCUUCCGGCGUUCAACACGCUGCCCUCGCCUCACGCCCGCUACCCGCUGGUGCCGGCACCCGUGCAGGCUCGCGAGAUUCCUACCAUUCAGCAGCAGAUGAUGGACGAACGACACAUUCGUAUGUUCGAGUCUCCACAAGGCAGUGACCCUGUGCCCUCUUCCACCACGCCGGCACAAGUGUCGCCCAACACCCAGCCGCCCACUGGCUCCAGCGGCAGCACCUGCAGCAGUGGCAGCAGUAGUAGUAACACCAGCAACAACAAUAGUGUAGCUCAACAGCAACAGCAGCCACAGUCCUUCGAGGGCAGCUCGUCGCAGCUGCGAGUAGAGGGGCCUGUGCGCUCUAACGUGAAGCGUGCGGGUCGCGCGGGAUCCCUGGAAAGUUCUGAGAGUGACGCUUCCGUCUCUGGCACUGAGAACAGCGGCCAAGUGUCCAGCGUGUCCUCCACUGCCGUGAAUAACUCGGACAACAACAACACACCCGCUGGCCUGGGUGCUGUCCCCUCUGUGCCCUGCUCAGAAGGGGGUUUUCGGCCCCCGCCCCCACAGCAGCCGCCCCCGCCUGGGGAUGAUCCACCUGAAAAACCUGUCAAGAAAAAGCGAAAACGUUGCGGCGACUGUGUCGGGUGCCAGCGGAAGGACAACUGCGGUGACUGUGCUCCCUGCAGGAACGACAAAUCGCAUCAGAUCUGCAAGAUGCGUCGCUGCGACAAACUGACUGAGAAGAGAACGCCACGUGGUGAGAAAAUGGAGCGUCGACAGUCUGGUAUGGGCGCCAUGAUGCCCUUCUUCCCAGGACCCGGGAUGGGUGAGCAGCCUCCCCUGCCGCCCCCGGAGAUUCCUCCUUUCCCUCACAUGCGGGAACGUUUUCCAAACGCCGUCUGGGGAGGCGAGGCGCCUCCACAAGGACAGUGGCCUCCACCCUUCCACCCACCUGGCUUGGCCCAUCCAACGCCUAUGCCCCACCCACCACCACCGCCGCCGCCACAUCAGUUCAACCAGUUUGAGCCCAGGCAGCCCAUGUUCAACUUCCCCAGUGGGCCCAGCGGAGCGCCGGCGCCUCCAGCCCCCAGUGUUUCCGUGUCGCAGUACAACAACCAGUUUAAUGGACAGUUCAACGCCGGCGGUGACAAUGGCAACGGCGGCUACGUGCCGCAGGGACACUUUUCUCCACAGACGCCACAGACUUCCGUCCCCGCCUUCGCAAACGGGCCGCCCAAUGGUUUUUUAAGUCAAAACCAGGGAAACGGGGUAGUGGGGGGUUCAUCUCCCCAUCACCACCGUUACCCCGGAUCUAAUGACUUCCAUCAGCAACAACAGCAGCAGCAGCAGCAACAACAACAGCAACAACAACAGCAGCAGCAACAGCAGCAGCAGCAGCAGCAGCAGCAGCAGCAGCAACAACAACAACAACAACAACACCAGCAGCAGCAACAACAGCAGCAGCAACCAGGUGGUAUGUUCAAGUCGCCAAUGCCUUCGCCUGCAGUGUCUGCCCCUGAAGCAUCACCAGUGACAGGAGGGUUCACCAUGACAACGCUCCCAUCGCCCCACGCCCCUCACACCCCUCAUGCGCCUGACCACCCAAACGAGAAGCCUGGGUACCCGCCGCCUCCCCCCACGCAGAGUUUACUCGG